AUGACCGCGACCAUGCUCACCCUCGAGCUGGGAACGCCUGAGGCUACGCGUGUCCAGGAUUCGAUCCAGCAAGUGCUGGUAUCACAUGAUCUUGCGACGCAGGACGAUCAGGUCAUGGCGGAGUAUGUCACCGUGAUGAUCGCGAAUCGCAAAGGCCCCUCCAUGAUCGAAGAAGAGCUGCGUGAUUUGAUGGGCGGCGAGUUGGACGCCUCAAUUGCCCAUAAGAUCUGGGCACAGGCCUGUGAGGUGCUGGGCGUGAACACGCCGGCGGCGCCCGCUGCCCCCCUUCGUGCACGCUCUGCCUCGCCGCCGCCGCCUUCUAGGCCUGACGCAGAUCGGACACAAACUUCGCGCGAGGAUCGGUGGGCAGACACCCAGCAAGUCUCGCCCAUUCGUGGGCGGGCACGUCGGCAGGAGCGGGAGCGUUUCCCGGCAGGUGGCCGGCGCAAGAAGGAGGCGGCGUCACAGCGUGAGGACGCGCCAAGCUUGCUUGCGCGGGCUGGCGUCCCUGAUCCACGCGCGGCGCCCUUUACGCCGAACGACGGUAUGCCACCUAUGCCGAUGCCGAUGCCGCCGCCCUUCGCCAUGGCGAUGAUGGCAUCGAUGGCAGGCCAAGAGGGCCCUUCGCUGUUUGCCCGACUUGAUCCUAUGAUGCCCAACAAUCCCUCUGUGCCGCCAGUGACGAUGGCACCGCCGCCCCGAAACGAUCCAUCUACGUUUCCCACGAAGCCUACACAGAGUGCGCUGUGCCGCUGGUCGUUGCAAUGCACCAACCCCAUGUGCCCCUACAGUCAUCCAUCGCCCGCGAAUGCAGGCCGUCACGGUGAUGCGAGUGCGCUUGUCCUGCGCGAAGAGGCGUGCGAGAAAGGCGGCGCAUGUACCGACAAGGACUGCGUUCUGAGUCAUGUUAGCCCGGCUGUGGCUUUUGCGACGGCGCGGCAUGAGACGACAGCGCAAGCGACGCCCUGCCGAUUUCAGCAGCAGUGUCUCAAUCCGUCGUGCACUUAUGCCCACUAUGAUGCCAAUGGCACGCUCGUUCCACCACCUGGUCAGUCUAUGCCCUCGUCGUCGACGCCAUGCCGCUACGGCGCGGCGUGUACCCGUGCAGACUGCAUGUUCUCGCAUCCAUCGGCUCGUCCACGCAGCAGUGUGCCCUGCCGCUACGGCGAUGGAUGCACGCGACCUGACUGCUACUUUACGCAUCCGCGCGAUGGACCUGCGAAGCCUACGUCGGAACGUCUGCAAGCGUUUGCCGAAGACGUGCCUGAUCGUGAGCGCAUCAUCCCUGGCGAGAUGCCGACGCCCAGUACGACGCAGGUUGUGCCAUGA